CUGUGUUUUUGUGUCAUUUUACUUCUCUACUCUCUCCCUCUCUCUCUCUCUGCGCUCUUCCUAACAACCACCUUCAGAAGCUGAAAGACCACAAACAAAACUCAACAGCCAGCUAGAGGUAGAGAGAGAGAAUGCCACUCUCUUACUGUGUAGCAGAGAACAAACCCUGUGAUCGUUGGGUGGAGAAAUAUUUCAAGGAUUGCCUUUGCAAUCUCAACGAUGACAUCUCCUUUGCUUUCGGGCUGGUCAGCUUAGUCUGUUGGGGAGUCGCUGAAAUCCCUCAAAUCAUCACCAACUUUCACACCAAGUCCAGCCAUGGAGUCUCUCUUGCUUUCCUUCUCACUUGGGUUGCCGGGGAUGUGUUUAAUCUAAUGGGUUGUCUUCUGGAACCAGCAACGUUGCCCACCCAGUUGUACACAGCUCUGCUCUACACAACAAGCACUAUUGUAUUAGUGUUGCAGAGCGUGUACUAUGACUACAUCUAUACAUGGUGUAAAUGUGGAAAAGUCACAGCUACCCAAGAGGUUGAUGAAGAGAAUAAGAGACCAUUGAAUCCAAAGUUGGCUGAUUCAGGCAUUCCAAUACCAAGUGCCUCACCCAAACCCACUCCACGAAAAGAGUUCUACUAUACGUCAGCAAGAUCGUUGGCGGGCAGUGGUACGCCACCGUUUCGGACCUACAUGAGGGCAGCUAAAAGUGGUCCUUCUACAAUGGCACUAUAUAGUGACUCAUCUUCUGAGGACGAGUCAGCUCCAGUUUCAUCCAAGACAUCUGUUACCCAGCCUAGGCCAAUCCCAAGAUCGGUAGCUGGUUAUGGAACAUUUCUGGCUACAUCGCUUAACCUGCCAUCACAAACAAAGGCUUUGACACAAGUAUACAUAGGAAUUACCGGGAGGAAACUCUUGCAGGAACACUCAAUGGAGCAUAGUGCCUUUGGGCAAUGGUUGGGGUGGCUAAUGGCUGCUAUAUACAUGGGCGGUCGACUCCCUCAGAUUUGGUUAAAUAUUAAAAGAGGAACUGUGGAGGGUUUGAAUCCUCUAAUGUUCGUCUUUGCACUCGUCGCAAACGUCACUUAUGUCGGAAGCAUAGUUGUAAGAACCACAGAAUGGGACAGCAUCAAAGCCAACAUGCCAUGGUUGCUCGAUGCGGUAGUUUGCGUGGGACUCGACUUAUUUAUAAUAUUGCAGUACGUAUAUUACAAACAUUUGAGGAAGAGGACCACAAGAGGUGGAGAAAACUACACAUACUACAAGGAAGCAAACAAAGCUGUGGUUUCUUGAAUGCGCAUUGCAAGGAUGCAUGUAUGCUGCUGCAAAAACAAAAUCUAGAGACCCCAAUGUUGACCUUGUGCAUCUCCUUUUGCUAAUAUUAAUGCUCGGCUUUGCUGGUCCUGUUCGAGUCGAAUGAUCAUAAUUUGUAUUUCAACUGUUUUUAGAUUCUUUUUUUUGGUUUUUUUUUUAUUUUUAUGAACUCAUGAGUUAGGUAUAGUGAGAAGUACCGAGAGCCAUUAGUCAAUGUCAAGGCGUGGAUUAAUAGUACAA